UCUUCUUGUUUCUUUCUCUGUCUUCUUUUCACUAUCUCUCUCUUAAUCUCUAUCUCUCAUCUUUUCUACUAGUCUCUGUCUUUUCUUUGAGUUAAACUAUAGAGUCCCGACCCACUGUGCCACCAUUGUUUCUUGUCCUAUAGAGGAAAAUGGGGCAAGUUUAGUGAUCUGCCAUUUUCCUCGAUUAUAGUGGUAGUUAGUUAGAGAUUGAAGGAAUCCUCCAUUGAGGACAGGGGUUGUAUCUUUUACGCGAAAGAAGGAUUUAAUCUUCCUUCAUGGGAAUCCACCAUUGGAUCGUUCAACGGCCGCUUUGAGAUCUGUGUAGGUGGAUGAAUAAAGGAGUUUGGAGUGCUUUGAGACCUAUGCUGAGCACGAGCUAACAGUUGACACCGUGAAAGAAGAUCAAUUAUUCUUUCGUGCAAAGUGACACAUUCCAAACCAUAGCUCAGUGAUGAUGCAGUUCCUUUCCCCCUCUAUCGGUUGCUCCAUUUGUGGCAUUGGAUGUCCAAAUAUUUAUAUACCUAGUUUGAGGAUCACACAAUCCACAAGAGCAGCUGCUCCUGAAGGUCUGAACGUAUUUUUGGAUGAUGGAUUGAAGAAGAGUAAAAGUGCCAAUGUUCCAAUUCAGGGCACUAAAGUAUCAAAGGAAAGAAUCAGGGAACAGUUACAUAAAGUUGAUCUUUCAGCUUCUUCCUAUGACACUGCAUGGGUAGCUAUGGUCCCCUUGCCAGAAUUUCCUCAGAUUCCAUGCUUCCCAGAGUGUCUUAACUGGAUAAUGGAGAAUCAACAUCCUGAUGGCUCCUGGGGAAUUCAUUGUCUUCACCCUUCUCUUGUCAAGGAUGCUCUGUCUUCCACAUUAGCCUGUGUACUUGCACUAAAGCGAUGGAAUCUUGGUGAAGAACAUGUCAGAAGGGGGCUCCUCUUUAUUGGAUCUUAUUUUUCCUCCGCUAUGAAUGGGAAGUUGCAUUCUCCUAUUGGCUUUGAUAUCAUAUUUCCUGGCAUGCUUGGAUAUGCCAUUGAAAUGGGUAUAGAUCUUCCUAUUGGCCAAAAUGAUGUAGAUGCUAUGUUUUACAAGAGAGAUUUAGAACUACAAAGAGUGUCUGGAAACAGUUUUGAGGGAAGGAAAGCCUAUCUGGCAUAUGUUGCGGAAGGACUGGGCAAGUCACAGGAUUGGCAUGAGGCUAUGAAAUAUCAGAGGGAAAAUGGAUCUCUGUUCAAUUCACCUUCCACAACGGCUGCGGCAUUGACCCAUAUACAUGAUGCUAAAGCCCUUGAGUACUUGUGUUCACUUCUACAGAAGUUUGGCAGUUCAGUUCCUGCUACAUAUCCUAUAGAUAUCUAUACUCUUCUUUGCAUGGUUGACAAAAUUGAGAGGCUUGGAAUCGCUCGACAUUUUAGUUUUGAGAUAAAGAACAUUAUGGACAGAAUAUAUAGAUGCUGGUUGAAGAAUGAUGAAGAGAUCAAUGCGGACAUGGCUACAUGUGCCAUGGCAUUUCGUCUAUUACGUUUGAAUGGAUUUGAUAUAUCAUCAGAUGCAUUAACUCAAUUUGGUGACCUAAACUUUUUCUUUAAUUCAAUCCAAGGACAUCUGAAAGAUAUGAAAACAGUUCUAGAGUUAUACAAGGCAUCACAAAUCAAAAUCUUACCAAAUGAGCAGGUUCUCGAUGAACUCGGUUCUUGGACAAGUAAUUUUCUGAGAGAGGAAUUAUCCACCAAUUCAGAGGAUGGACUCCAAGUUCUUUCUCAGGAGGUGGAUUAUGCACUUAAGUUUCCAUCUUAUGCCAACUUAGAACGCCUAGAGCACAAGAGUUGUAUUGAGAACUUUAAAGUUGAAAACUUUCUGGUUCUUAAAACAUCAUUUAUGUUUUCGGGCAUUGAUGACAAGGAUCUGUUAGAACUGGCACUGGAAGAUUUCAACUUAUGUCAGUCUAUAUACCGCAAAGAACUCCAGCAUCUUGAGAGUUGGAUCAAAGAAAAUGGAUUGGAUCAGCUAGAAUUUGCUCGGAAGAAGCAGACGUAUUGCUAUUUCUCAGCUGCGGCUACAUUAUUCUCCCCUGAAAGUUCUGAUGCUCGUAUGUCUUGGGCCAAAAAUGGUGUGCUAACCACCAUCGUUGAUGACUUUUUUGACCAUGGAGGAUCUAGAGAGGACUUAGUAAAUCUUAUAUCAUUGGUUGAGAAGUGGGAUGGAAAUCAUGAAAAACAUUUUUGCUCUGAACAAGUCAAAAUUAUCUAUUCUGCUAUCUACAAUACAAUUAAUGAACUUGGAGCCAAGGCAUCUGCAUUGCAAAAGCGUAGCGUCACCGACCAUUUAGUUGAGAUAUGGCUUACUUUGAUGAAAGCAAUGAUGAAAGAGGCAGAGUGGGUGAGAACCAAGACAGUGCCCAGAAUGGAUGAAUACAUGGCAAAUGGAUACAUAUCAUUUGCUUUAGGACCCAUUAUUCUCCCGGCUCUCUAUUUUGUUGGACCAGAGCUUUCAGUUGAUGCCAUUGGUGAUCCAGAGUAUCAUAAUCUAUACAAACUGGUCAGCAUCUGUGGGCGUCUCCUUAAUGACAUGCAAGGUUUUGAGAGGGAAGGCAAAGAAGGGAAGCUGAGUAGUGUGUCACUUCGUAUUGCUCAUGGUUGUGGUUCGACUUCUGAAGAAGAGGCUAUUAUGGAGAUUCAGGGCAUCGUUGACUCUAGCAGAGCAGAACUGCUGAGACUAGUGUUGCAGAAUGAGGGAAGUGUGGUUCCAAGAGCUUGCAAGGAACUAUUUUGGAAGAUGAGCAGAGUACUGCACCUCUUUUAUAUGAAAAAUGAUGGAUUCACUUCACCAACGGAAAUGGUUAGUGCAGUGAAUGCAGUGAUUUUUGAACCGCUUAAAGUUGGUUGUUAAUUGAUAAAAAAAUUUAUUUACAUGCAUUCUUAAAUAAAAAGGUACAUAAAUUUUUAUUUA